GUAAUAUAAUAUUAUAUGUGGCUUCAUUUGCUUUUACUUGUAAAUGCAGUGUUUCAGUGUGGAAAUAAAAUUGUAUUAUGUAUCACUGUUACAGGCUGGGACAAGCACUCUUAUGGUUAUCACGGUGAUGAUGGCCAUUCGUUUUGCUCGUCUGGGACAGGUCAGCCAUAUGGACCUACCUUCACCACCGGAGAUGUUAUUGGCUGCGGUGUCAACCUCAUAGAUAAUACUUGCUUCUAUACGAAAAACGGACACAACUUGGGCAUAGCGUUUACAGACCUACCUCCAAACUUGUACCCAACAGUGGGACUUCAGACCCCUGGGGAGGUGGUAGAUGCCAACUUCGGCCAGGCUCCGUUUAUGUUCGACAUCGAGGAUAUGAUGAAGGAACUACGGUCUCGGACCCGGCUCACUAUACACAACUACCCUGUACCCGCCAGUCAGGGCGAAUGGCAGGCCAUUUUACACAAAAUGGUCUCUACGUAUUUAGUCCAUCACGGUUAUUGUGCCACAGCUGAAGCUUUUGCUAACGGAACGGGUCAAGUGUUUGAUGAAGAAAUCACAUCUAUCAAAAACAGACAAAGAAUUUUAAAGUUAGUGUUAGCGGGAAGGAUGGGUGAGGCGAUCGAGACCACAAGUAGACUGUAUCCUGGUCUACUGGAACAUAACCUCAACCUGCUAUUCAUGCUGAAGUGCAGGCAGUUUGUGGAGAUGGUGAACGGUUCCGACUCUGAAGUCCGUUGCUCAUCUCGCUCCCACUUCUCACCCCCUCCCCGCCCCUCCACACCCACCCACGCUUCGGUCAUCCAGUCUACAAAGGCCUUCAAUGGAAAUAGUAGUAGUAGUAAUAACCGAGUUAAGGACAGUGUAGAAGAAAUGAACCUACAAAAUUCAAUAGUUGGCUUGAACGGAAACACCGAUUUCGAUCAGAAUGGGCUCAAGAUCAAAACUGAAGAAGACACCAAUGACGACGUAGAAAUGGAAACACCUCCACCCGAAGAAAGGAAUGGGCAUACAAAUGGUUACCAGAAUGGGACCUCUCAUGAGGAACCAGUAGAAGAUAUGGAUGUGGACCCGCCAGCGAGCAAGCGGCAGUUGUGCGGUGGCAGUAAGACAGCAGUGGAGCGGAUGUUAGAGUUCGGCCGGACAUUGUACCACAUGAGUCAGCGGCUGAUGCAGGAGCAAGGCAAAGACGAGGCCAACAAGAAAAUGCUUCAG